CCACAGUAGCAGAUGGCGGUAGAGUUUAGCAGUUCGUAUGAUGCUUUUGUAGGGAAUUGCGUUGCAUUGUCCGUCUAAUAUUGGCUUAGGAGGGCAAUCAUGGACUGCAAGGGAACUAGUUGGCUGAAAAAAGAGAAGAAUGAAGUAUAUGCUGAACCAGGCUCCUUGGUACAGUUACACACAUCGAUCGUGAAAGUAAAAGAAGAAUGGGAUGAGCAAGUGGACCAACAGUGCCUUGAAGAUAACUUGGGAACCUCUUGGCCAAAUGAUUUUAUCAAGGAGGAUCCUGAACUAAAUUUGGAGGUGGAUGAAACUGAGAAUACUGUGGCAGCUUCAUUAAGAAAUGCAUCUGAUAGUUUAAGUUUAAUUCAAAGUGCUGGUGACAGCUGUGACAUUUCAUAUCAAGAAACAUUACAUCAAGGAGUAGUCGAUGACAAGCUGGAGAUAGAUGCAGAGAAGUCAACAGAUUUCAGUAUGUCUUAUAACUAUACCAAAAUACGGACUUCACAAGAAGACAGCUUAUGUGGCACAAGAUUAAGUUGCAGCAUCAGGGAAAAGGAAUUCCAUAUGUUUAUCUGUAGUUUCUGCCUACAGAGCUUCCCUUCAAAAUACAGACUCAUAAUCCAUAUCUUCAUCCACAUUGAUGGUGUGCAGGCACCUGCAUAUGUGUGUAAGUCAUGUGGUGAGGUAUAUCCCACUGAUGACUGCCUGAAAGAACAUUUGAGAAUGAGUGAGGGUGACCAACCAUUAUCUGCUGCCAACAGUGAGAAACCUGAAUGCGGUGAUGACCAUGAAAACAAUAUCUCCUUGGAGUGUGUACGAGAAGGAAUCGUGGAACAGGCUGAGAAGAAAUCUUCAUCCAAGGAAACCAAGAAAACUUUAAAGAAAUCCUUUAAUGACAUACAUAAUACAGGUAAUGUUACAAAAGUUGCAGAGAAACUCGAAAGAUUUCAUGAGUAUGGAAUUUUAUGUACAAGUGAUAAUGCUAAUGUCCACACUGUGCUAAAUGCAAAGAGAAAUCACAAAUGUGAUAUUUGUGGUAAAUUGUUUACUCUGAUACGUAGUCUUAAGAAACAUAGCUUAAUACACACAGAAAAGAGACCCCACGAAUGCGAUGUUUGUGGAAAAUCGUUUACUGAGUCGAGCGAUCUCAAGAGGCAUGUAUUAACACACACAGGUAAGAGACCCUACAAAUGCACUGUUUGUGGAAAAUCGUAUACUCAGUCUGGCCAUCUCAAGGUACACGAAUUAAUACACACAGGAAAGAGACCCCACGAAUGUGAUGUUUGUGGGAAAUCGUUUACUACGUCGAGCAAUAUGAAGAGGCACAUUUUAAUACACACUCGUACGAGACCUUUGAGAUGUUAUGUUUGUGGAAAAUCUUUUACUCAGUCCGGCAAUCUCAAGUUACAUGAAUUAAUACACAAAGUAGAGAGACCCCACGAAUGCGAUGUUUGUGGAAAAUCGUUUAUUCAGUCGUGCCAUCUCAAGAAUCAUUUAUUAAUACACACUGGAAAGAGACCCCAUGAAUGCGGCGUUUGUGGAAAAUCGUUUACUCGCUGGAGCAAUCUCAAGGUACAUGAAUUAAUACACACAGGAAAGAGCCCCCACGAAUGUGAUGUUUGUGGAAAAUUGUUUGCUACGUCGAGCAAUAUGAAGAACCAUAUUUUAAUACACACUGGUACGAGACCUUACAGAUGUACUGUUUGUGGAAAAUCUUUUACUCAGUCUGGCAAUCUGAAGGUACACGAAUUAAUACACACUGAAAUGAGACCUUACAAAUGUAGUGUAAAAGGUAAAUAGUUUCCUUAAUGGAGCAGUCUCAAGGAACAAUAAUACACACUGAACAGACCAGAUUCCAUGUUUGUGCCAAAUCGUUUUCAGAACUGGGUCAUCUGAAGGUUAAAUUAAUACACGCAGGAAUGAUCCCCUACAAAUGUGAUACUUGCUGCAAAUAUUUGUGUCACACUGUUAAUCUCAAGAAAUAAUUAGUACACACCGGUGAAUCAUCGUACAAUUGUGGUAUUUGUGGAAAAUUGUAAAUCACUAGAGUAUCCUGGAGAUACAGUUAUCACUACACACUGACAAAAGGCUACACAGAUGUUAUUUGUAGGAAAUGUUUUACUCCAGUUUGUCAUCUUUAGAAGCUUGCAAUAAUACAUGGAGAACACUGAAAAUACUCUUGUGGUCAGUACAUGUACACAUGUUGAAAGAAGACUAUGAGUGUUACGAAUAUUGCUCAUACUUGCUACAGAGGUUACAAAAAUGACAAAUCAAUUUUUUUGCAGCUUCACAUUGGAAGAAGUUGCAUGCAAAAUACAACUUACGAAGUACAGAAUUGAAAUUUUUUGUUGUAAAUGCUCCAUGCUCUAAUGAUCUGGCUACCACAAAUUGAUGCAUUGAGAGAGAUCUUUUACUCAUGAGUAGAAGUUCCAUGCAGUAGGCAGGACCCCAUAUUCAAGAGAAUGUAUCAGUAUGUUGCUAAAUAUUUCGAAGAAACUGCCAUUUCAAUGUUCAUGAAGGUGUAUGCACUACCCAGGCGACAACAGAAAUAUUUUUAUUACAUACCUAUCACUCAGGUUAUUCAUCUCAACAAUGGAGAAAUGUAAAAAACGUCAUGAUUAUGCAAACAUGUUACUGAGGUAUGCCUCCUUAAUGGUAAUGCUAUUUGUGUGAUCAAUUAUCUGCAUACAUGUGAACUUUCUAUGCUAGUUCUACAUUAGGAAAUAGCUGACGGUGGCAAGUAUGCAAAGAUAAGGCAAAAAUUAUAAUCUGCCUAGUAGUGUUGUGAUUCACCUUCAGACUGCAAUACAACAGUAAUUCUGUACGAUAUGGACUCAUUAAUUCUUUGUUUUCCAGCAGUAAAUUGGACUUCAUGUGUACACACAUCUCACACAGUUCCCAUUUAUUGUAGGCUAUUGGUUUGUUGCAGUGUAAUUCGUGUGCAUUAGCAUCCCACAUUCGUUUCAUCAUGAUAUGAGAUGAGCUUGGUCGGAAAGGCAGCAGUGUGAGCGCUCAUGCUACUCAAACCAUUGCAGUGUGAUUCUGACCUUGUGAUUUGGACAGUUAUCAUGCUGUAAGAUGUCACUCUCAGGAAAUACAUGAAGCAUUAAGUGAUGCAGAUGUUGCAAUAAUGUUCAUGUUCUCCACAUAUGUCAUCGUGCUUUCAAUUAUGACCAGCUAUUUCUUGGCACCUCAUAUGAAUAUCCCCCAUAGCAUGACAUUGCCUCCACGUUACUCCACCUGUUGUGUGGUGCAUGUAUUGAACAAUUGUUCAUCUGGAUGAUGGGAUAUCUGGGCAUGAACAUUGACCUGGGAAUACAAAGCGGUUAUAUAUCUUGGGGCCUCAUGUUCAACAGUGUCUGCCGAAUAGCUUGAAACUCUUCAACCUGCUCAAGCAUUUUCUCCUGUCUACACAGAUUGUCAUCUAUCCCACUUUACAGAGCAGCUAGGUUCUGAUCUCCUUGUUCUAGAUAAUGCAUGGGCAUCCUACAACCUUUCGUCAAUUUGUGGUUUCACCAUCUGUCAACGAUGUUCCAUAGAGGCUCAUGAUAGAAGCAUCUGAGCAGUCAACCAGAUUCGCUGUUUGUGAGAUGCACUUACCCAGGCACCAGGCAAAACCAUCUGCUCUUAGGCCAAAUUAUUUAUGCCAGUUUUUAUACAUACCGUAAAUAGAAUGAUUACCCAUUCAUGUCAGGUUAUAUAGUUUCAUUACUGUGUGACAACCACAGUGCCACUGGGUAGGACACACUCCUCCUAGGGAAGUGGGUAUAAUCAUUUGGAUCAACAGUGUAUCUUGACACAGAAGGGUCUUUUGUGUAGUAAUUCAAAUUUUCAUGCUUUGUUAAAUUUUAUGCCAAUGCACUAUUGUCAGUUUAAGUGACACAUUUCAUGUGAAAAAUAUUUUUAUUUCAGAGCUCUGUACAUAAUUCUGAGUUAAUGAAGAUUAAUUUUAUGCAUCAAAUAUUUUAAUUAUUUGUCUAUUUUUAAAUAUCAUGUAACUACUGUACAAACAUCAGU